UUCUAUCUCAAUUUGGUUCUGGCUGUGCACAAGAAGGCUUCCUCAAAGGAUGCACCUGUAUGCAAGAGCAACGUGAAUGGUAAGAUCGGGAUUAUUUCAGUGCUCAGGUGGUUUGUGUCCUCCCAGCCCUCGAAAUACAUAUAUCAUCGCAUGGCACUUUCCCGCUUGAUGAAAAGCAACAUCUUACCCAGGACAGGUACAGGAAAGACUCCAGGAAGCAACUGAAGAAUACCAUCGAGAUGGAAACCAACAUGCCCCAACGGCAAUCGCCUAUAACCACCACAAAGCCUCUCAAGCCUCGCAAGUUCAGAUCAUCAUGCGAUGCUUGUUCAGCAUCCAAGGUCAAAUGCGACCAACAGCAGCCUCAGUGUUUGCGUUGCAUUAAUCUCGGUGUUCAUUGCAACUACAGCCCAUCAAGGAGAAUGGGCAAGCCACCAGCGUCUGCUCGCAAGCUCAAACCUUCUUCCAACUCAUCUUCGGAAACUGAGCAGCAGGUCGAGUCUCAUCCGACAAAGAAAAGACAGCUCUCUCCUCCUUCGUUCGCCAAGAAGAGUCAGAUGGAGCCAACACCAGAUCCAUCUCAGUGUCAAUUCGAUACUACGGUAAUGGAUACGGACAACUUCAUGUCAAUCAACUGGCAAGACGACAUUUUCGAGACUUCCGCAUUCGGCAUCCCAACCGCUGCAGACUUGCAACUUUCAGCAGAUAAUCUAUUUGACCUAUCGUUUGAUUUCAUGGGCGAUUCGACUGCUCAACUGCCAAACAAUUCUCAAUUCGUCUUCAGCGACGAUACCAGCGUUGAUACAAGCCGAUCUCAGAGCCACGAACCAAUAUUCGAAGUUCAGCAAGUACCGAAACAACUGCCUUCGCCAGCCAAGAACUUAUCAUUUUCUGACAAAGCUUCGCUGAAGUUGUGCACACAUGACUUGGACCUCGUUCGCAACUCCAUUCCAAGUCCAUUCUCCCGUACGAAUACGACCAUCGAUCAGGUCCUCAUCAACAACAAAGCAGCCAUUGAGAACGCAGAUGCCCUUCUGGCAUGUUCCUGCUCGGACAAUUCCCACUUCGCCAUCACCCUCGCUCUUAUCUGCAACAAGAUCCUAGGCAUGUACGAAGACGUGAUUAAGGCUGCAGCAACUGCCUGCAUCUCACCAGCCAGCGGACGUCGACGUUCAGGGCCAGGUGUUGGCAUCACUGUUGGAGCCUACAAGAUGGAUGCAGAAGAUGAAGAGAGAAUGCGGAUACAGAUCGUCGUCAACGAGUUGAGGAAAGUAAAGGGUCUUGUGGAUAAAUACGCUAAUAAGUAUUGCAAGAAGGGGCAAGCUGUCGAGGCAGGGGAGGGGAUAUACUCGGCGUUGGAGGCGUUUUUGAGGUCAAGAUUGACGACAACACUGCAGGAGCUUCUGGGGAAGCUCGAGGGAUAAACUUCUUUCUUUUGUUCAUCCCCUUCUCCUUUCGUGUUCAUAUACCCUGGUUUCUUUGGAUACAUUGUACCUGCAUCUUGGCAGGAUGUAUGUUUGCUCUUUCUCUCUCUAGGUAGUUUAUGAAUUAUUGAAAGUCACUCCGCAGCCGAAGAGUCUUCAGAAGCUCUCGAGUCAGUCCGGUUACAUAAAUUCCCUGAGGUUUGACAUGUUUUCCAAGCUUGCAGACUUUUGGUCACAAGAUUUGACGGUCCGUUUUAAGGUGU